AUGUCAGAAGCUCCAAAAAGGAAAUAUUCAGAUGAGGAAAACAAACUUGAUGUCAAAAGGAUCCAACAGUCAAGCCAAACAAGCCAAUCAACUGGUACCAUUGCUACUCUUUUGAGUUUAAUACCGGAAAGGGAACAGAUAAUCCAUAUAACAAAUUCUCAAAAAAUAUCAGUUGGAAGAAGCAGAUCAUGUAAUAUUACACUUACGGAACCAGAUAUCUCAACCAUUCACGCAGAACUAUUCACAAUCGAGGUACAACUAAAUGGAAAUAAAAGAAAGAUGAUCAAUAUCAUUGAUAAAAGUAGAAACGGAACGUUUAUCAAUGGUGAUAGGCUUGUUAAGAAAGAUUACGUUCUUAAAAAUGGAGAUAAAAUCGUCUUUGGAAAGAGUUGUUCUUACUUAUUCAAGUAUGCGCAGUUAUCAGAGAACAGUGAAAAAGAUCACAAUCAAGCAGCACAAUCUUCUCAGGGAACUCAAAGGAACGACUAUGAUGGGGUUUUCAGAAAACCUCUGUUCAGCAGUCAAAAUACAUCAAAGAAAAUGGUGCGAAAGGAUCAGCCCAGAUCUUUCUUUGAUAAGUAUAUCGCUGGGGCUGAAUUGGGAACAGGUCACUAUGCAGUUGUUAAAGAAGCGAAAAACAAACAAACGGGCGAGACAGUUGCCGUUAAAAUAUUUCACCCUCAACAAAAUGAUGAUGAUAAACGAACCAAAAAGUUUACAGAAGAGACAAAAAUUCUUCUUUCUGUACAGCACCCGAACAUUGUUAAACUUAUAGAUAGAUUCGUGGAACCUGUUAGUAAGACCCAAAUCCAGACCUAUUUAGUCUUGGAAAAGAUAAAUGAUGGUGAACUUUUUGAAAGAAUCGUGAAGAAAACCCAUCUUCGUGAAGAUGAGACCAAGGCAUUAUUCAAGCAACUACUGAGUGGUUUACAAUAUCUUCAUGACAGAAAUAUUAUCCAUAGAGAUAUCAAACCAGAAAAUAUCCUCUUAAGUAUAACAAAGAGAAAAUCUGCCGAUGAAAUAGCAUUGGGCCCUUGGGACGACGAUGAGAUUGAUAUUCAAGUCAAAAUAGCUGAUUUUGGAUUGGCGAAAUUUACAGGAGAAAUGAAGUUCACAAACACAUUAUGCGGUACUCCCUCAUAUGUUGCCCCGGAGGUUCUUUCUAAAACAGGAUAUACAUCAAGAGUUGAUAUGUGGAGUGCAGGGGUUUUACUCUAUGUUUGUCUCUGUGGAUUUCCGCCUUUUAGCGAACAAUUAGCCCCACCAAACAUGAAAGAACAAAUAUUACAAGGGAAAUUUGCAUUUUAUUCACCUUAUUGGGAUAAUAUAGAUGAUUGUGUUCUACAUUUAAUCUCAAAUCUUCUUGUAGUUAACCCAGCGAGACGCUUUUCAGUAGAGGAUGCACUAAACCAUCCAUGGUUUACAUCUAAACAGGAACUCGAAUUUGAGAAUGAAAUCCUACGUUCACAAACAGCACCAGAAAAAGUCCCUAAGACGUUUUCAGAAUUGUCUAAUCUUCAAAAUAAAUAA